AUGCCUGACAAACACUGUGCCAUUGCAUCCCUCCAGGAGUGGGCCUCCAUUCCAGCCAACAAAUUGAAACGCCGCUCACGGUCAAUACCAACUAGCCCCAAGACGACGCCUCGUACCUCCCAGACAAGGCAGCGAGCUUCUUUGCAUGAGACAUCCCUUGAUACGACCGAUCUGUGCCACGAUGUUGCGAAAGGCUGCACAAACAAGGAUAAAACGGUGCUCUAUCUGGCCUAUGGGUCCAAUCUGUGUGAUGAGACCUUCCUAGGCAAGCGACAGAUUAAGCCGCUAUCACAGAUCAAUGUCCUCGUGCCGGAAAUUGUCAUGACCUUUGAUCUUCCGGGCAUCGCUUACCAAGAGCCCUGCUUUGCCAACGUCCGCUACCGGAUGCCAGAAGAGAAGGUCAGCAUCGACCACGGUGGGUAUCACAAAGACCGAUGGCAAAAGGGAUUGGUAGGAGUGGUGUACGAAGUUACUCUCGAAGACUACGCACAUAUCAUUGCCACCGAGGGCGGUGGGGCAGGCUACCAGGACGUACUUGUCGACUGCCACCCGCUGGACGCGAAUCCCCGUAACAGAGUCCCAGAGCAGCCCUCCAGCAGUCCAUUCAAGGCCCACACUCUGUUCGAUCCUGCUGGCCAGCAUCGACCCGACCCAUCGUAUGCUCAACCGAGCGCUCGCUACCUAAAGCUGAUCACGGAUGGUGCAAUGGAGCGCGGGCUCCCCUACGAGUACCAGGACUACCUCCACCAGAUCCGCGUCUACCACACCACGACCGCCAAGCAGAAGUUCGGCCAGCUCCUCUACAUGGCGUUCUGGGGGCCCCUCUUCACUCUGUUAAUGAGAGUGGCCGGCCCAAUGUUCGCGAAGCCAGACGGCACCUUUCCCUCCUGGCUGGGCCGUCUGUUCCGAGUCCUGUUCACAGCGGCCUGGGCGAGCUACGACAAUUUCUUCAAACCCAUGUUCGGAGACGGCGAGAGAACUAUUGGAGAUACGAAGGAUAAUCAGGUCGACGCGGUCGAUGACGAGAAAGCGCCGCUGAUCCGUGAAACGGUCAGGAGGUACGGCAUUCAUGGUCGGUUGGAAACGGUGUAG